CGAAAAUAGCCCCACCUUAUUAAUACAUUAAGAAAAGAGUCCCGCCGCAGCAUACGGAAUCACAUCCGGUGGCGAUUGAGGUCACUGACUCUCGUACCAAAACCACUCCAAACCCGUUUCCGAGCCCUACCUCUUGCGCAAUGCCUCAAUCGCCGCUGGCCGAAGUCUCCGAUUCGUCAAUUGACGAUGACGAUCAAGACGAAGAAGUAGGAGACGUUGACGACGAAAAAGAACAAGUUCAGGAGAAAAGCGAUGACGAUAUGUCAGUUUCAACCCCCGAAGCGAAUGAUGAUCAUCUUCAACAAGACGAUGUUAGAGACGAUUUGAAAUCUCAGAGACAUGAUGGGAGCUCGGGACCAAGUUCAUCAACAAGAGAGAAAUUUGUGGAAGAUGUGGCUUUUUCUAAGAGUUGUACAAGUCUAGACUUUGCAGUAAGCAAUAAAGAUGGUGAAAUCCUUUCCGAAAAGAGCCCCUUGAAACACCACAGAGAACUAAAUUCUGACAGCAAUCCUGAUUUGCGUGUUAGUGACAUCACAAAUGCUAAAAGCUCCAGUUCAUCUUUUGCUGAAGGAAAAGAGAUGGGUGCGGCUUUACAGAUGAAUGAUAGUGUCAGACAGAAAGAUGUUCUCUAUUCGCAGUAUGAAAUCAAGCAAACGGUCUUCCAGUCUUGCAAUGAUGAAAAGCGAAAAGUGUCAAGGAUUUUCAGAUUGGCUGCAUCUGAGAUAGAGACUAGAAGUCACUCCCCUGGUGCUGAGAUCAUGGAUCAAAAUAAACGCCCGGCAGUCAUAUGCGACUUUUAUGCAAAAGGCUGGUGCAUCAAAGGUAGUUCUUGUAGGUUUCUACAUGUGAAAGAUCGCCUUAAUAGUGGCCUUCCACGAAGCGUGGGAGAUGGUGUUGCAGAGAAUAAAGUAGAAGUCCAAUUUGAAGGUUUAAGAGAAACUACUCAGAAAUCGAGGUCGCCUAGUUUUCACGAUGCCUUAGCACCUUCAGUUGGAAAUAAUUCUGCAUUUCCUUUGCUUCCUUCGUCUGAAAGCAUCAAGCCAUUGGAACGCUUAGAAAGCAAAGGCUCUCAUGAUAUUUCUGAAAUGCCUAAGUUUGUGUCUUUUCAGAGAGAAGUAUUUCCUCUCUCAUUUAAGGAUAUAGGAAGGGAGAGUAAGAAUCAAAUCAGGCCGGCUAAUGACUAUAGUGGCCAUAGCUCUCUGACUAAUAGAGAUGGACCUGUAUUCAAUAACAGCUCGCGUCCUGAAUAUGCAGUUUCUUCAAGUGGAAAUAUUAUAUCAUCAGCCAAUUAUCGUUUUAUAAAUCCACCUUCUCAUUCUAGAAGUACGGAGGAACCUACUAGCAUCCAAAGCCAACAUAAGCACAAUAAUCAGACUUUAACUAGCCAAUCCCCAGAUUUAAGCUCAAGUAAUUCUCUUUUGAAUACUGGCAUGCUAUCAUCCAACCGAAUCUCAUCCUGGACAGAAUCUUCUCUACCAUUAAGUUAUUCCUCUGUAAACCCAAGUCCUCUUGGCCCGAGAUCUUCUUUGUUUCUUCAAAGCUCUUCUCGCUACUCUGGUUCUGAACCAGAUAAUUUACCUUCAACAAAUCAUAAAUCUCAUUCAAAUGAUUGGGAGCCAUCUGUACCAUUUCAACCAUCUUUCUUAGUUCGCUCUAUGUUGUCAUCUACGGGAAGCCAGUAUGAUCCUCUUCGUGAUGUUGUUGAGUUAUCCAAGUUAGGGGACAUAUCCUUGAGAGCUUCUUACUAUAGUCAAGGAUCAUCAAUUGUAAAUACAUUGCAUCCUCAAAAGCAUGGUGAGGUAGUUCCAGAGGCCCCAGACCUAGCUUGUAAUGAUGAUAUGAAGUCUGUAUCAUCUCAUAAUACAUAUCAGGGGAAAAUGUUAGGUAAGAACUGCCAAACACAAGGAAAAGAUAUGCAGGCAACUGAACUAAAGGUUGCGGGAACUUCUACUGGCAGGAAAAAAGGGUCUGCACCAAAGCAAAAGAAUUCCUUAGGCUCCAAGGACAUUACAGAAGCAACCAGCGAUGGUAGACAUCAAAGUCAAAGGCACGGACCAUAUGGUAGUUUACAUGUAAAAGCAGAUCGUCUUGGACAAAAAAAAGAAAAGGUAGCUGGACACAGUGUAGAAGGGGUACUUGAGCGUAAAGAAUCUAAAGCACAGCAGCAAUUUCGUGCUGCUCUCAUAGAUUUUGUGAAAGAGUUGUUGAAACCAAAGUGGAGCGAGGGCAAUCUCAGCAAGGAUGCACAUAAAAAGAUAGUUAAAAAAUCAGUUGAGAAAGUACUCAGCACCUUGCAACCUGAACAGAUACCGCCUUCAGUGGAACUAGUUAAACAAUAUCUUGCUUCUUUCCGUCCAAAAUUAGAAAAGCUUGUUGCGGGCUAUGCUGGUAUAUAUGGAAAACUAUGAGUGCUAGGCCAAGUUUAGUCUUUUGUAAAGUUUUGAACAAACCUUUGCUAACAUAAGUUUAUGAAAAGAUUGUCCGGGUGUCCUUACAUUAGAUGGAUGGAAUAAAUUCUCUGGCAUAUGUUGCUAUUACAUGAGUGGUUUAUAUUCCAUUAGUGGUCCAUUUUUAAGGAUUUUUUUUUAUAUUUUUUUUGUAUGAGAUUUAGAAAUUUUAGUAUUCCUAUAGAAGAUAGCCUUUUAACUGUU